AUGAUCGAUUGGCCGACUUCUUGGUCGAGAAGUCUCGAAAAUGUACUACAAGAUCGAGCCGCCUGUGAUGCUUUUCGAUCGUGGCUAGUGGCAAACAAUGUGCAACACGGGCUGGAGUUGCACUUUGCUGUUAGAGCCUACACGAUGAUGGUCCGAGAUCGAAAUCCACAAGCCGGUGAUCUAGCCAAGCAAAUCUAUCAACGAUACGUUUCGUUGAGGACGGGAACAGCAGCUUUCAUCCCGGCAAGGAUACGACAAGAGCUUUCCAAUCGGAUCAAACAACCGAAUUUUGUGGCCGAUCCGCGCUUUUUCGAUUUGAUUUCGCCGUUUGUCGAGGAUUAUCUGAGGAAACAGCACGAGGAAUUCUGCACAACGGACGAGUUUAUCGAGGCUUUCAACCGAAUGGCGUUAGAAGAGUUUCCCGGGCAGCAAAUAAGCACAUCGAUGUUCGAGCCACGUGCCUCAAGCCGUUCGCACACACUCACCAAUUCCCAUUCGGGCACAGCAAAGCGAAGCAGGAGUCGACGAUCGCCAUUUCUCACCGCCGAGGCUUUAAUCCGAUCGAAGCACGAUAGAGAGGCGGCGCUAGGAGAAAGCCACGUUGAGCGAAUGUAUCGUGGACCCCGAAUGCCGUACACUUGCCAUGCGACGACGAGCCAACAUGACAGCGCCGUUUCCUCCUCAUUUUCUAGCGAAGCAAACAGAAGCAUUCGCUUGACGACCAUCCGAGAGGGACAUUUACGCGAAAAUCCGGCUACUUUCACGAUUCCACGAGUCGACCGAAGCCAACACUUCCGCGACGACAGCAAUCAGUACGAUCACGAGACAGAGGAUGGAAGAAGGCUCUUUCAUGCAACAAUUUGCGAGAAAUUAAACCGCGAGAUCCGACGGAGACGCAGAAAUGAAGCGACGGAGAAACAAAUUGACGAGCUGGAAAGAAGCAAGGAAAAGGCUCGCGAAGUGAUCUCAUCAACGGAAUGCGAUGUGAUGAUGGAUGGAGAGGAUAUGGAAGAUGAUGAUUUGGAGAGAUAUGUUGAGGGGAUGAGGGGGGAAUCGGGAAGACAAAGCACCACGAAUAGGACACCGAGGACCGGCAGAGAGCUCGGGAUUGGAGGCGAGACGGGCCCAAUGACGCCGCUUCGUGGCUUCUCACUGGGUCGAUCGACGCUUGAGCGAUCACUGAUGGAGCGUCGCUUCCCACUCGGUGAGCCGAUCGAUCCAAUCGAUUUGGACAGCAGUUUCGCCGCGCCGACAACGUAUCCUGGAAGAUUCGCUCCCCCGCCAACAACCGGCUUCAAUACUGGCUUUAAUACGUUUGGGAAAGAUCGUUCGUAUUCGAUACGCACCGAGCCGGUGUACAAUCCAGAGUCCGGGAUUGGAAGUAUGUUCUCACAAAUCGAUGACAAGAGGAGAACUCGUGGAGGGGAAAAGGAAAGAGAGAGGCGAAGUCGGCCACCCAUCACAAUCACUUAUAAAGCAGCCGACGGAGUCCCAAUCGUGGCUCACGUUCCCCUUUUGGGACACUCACUGACACUGCGCGAGUUUCGGAAGCACUUCUCCAUCUCAAGCCAACUUGGAUAUCAAUUUUUCUUCAAAUCCGAAUGCGAAGACGGGUCGGCUCCGUAUCAAUUGCUGCGGAUUUGCGACGACGCGGCUUUACUACCGAUUUUCGACGGGAAAAUCAGCGCCGAAAUCAAGCAAACCUCACCAGAA